AUGCGAAGGGACGAGAGGACGAGAGUGGAGGAGGCACGUAUCAGAGCUGAGGAAGAACGAAAGAGGAAGCAGUCGGAGAUCGAUCGGAAGAAGGCGGAGGUGCGAAAGAGGCUCGAGGAAGCCUCUAAGGCCAAGCAGAAGGCCAAGAAGGGGUUCAUGACCCCCGAGAGAAAGAAGAAACUUAGGCUUUUGCUGAGAAAGAAGGCAGCCGAGGAGCUGAAAAAGGAGCAGGAGAGAAAAGCGGCCGAGAGGCGAAGGAUCAUCGAGGAGAGAUGCGGCCACGCCAAGAAACUCGACGGUGCCAACGAAGGUAAUGGCAAAGAGAAAAUUUUGUCACAUCGAUGGAGGAUAAGAACGGCUGGUGAUGACAUUACGUCCGAACUCCAAACGAUAUUGAAGCAAUAUCAUGCCAGAAUCGCAGCCCUAGAGAGUGAUAAGUACGAUCUUGAGUAUGUGUGUAAAAGGAAGGAUCACCAGCUAAGGGACAUCUGUAAGGAAUAUUAUGACCGCAUUCUCAAGUGCGAAGCACACAAAUGGGACUUAGAGUGGGAAGUGCGAAAGAGAGAAUUUGAGAUCAACGAAUUGAACAUGCAGGUCAACGACCUCCGAGGGAAAUUCUUGAAGCCGACCCUGAAGAAGGUGUCGAAAUACGAGAACAAGUUCGCCAAGCUGCAGAAGAAGGCCGCCGAGUUCAACUUCAGAAACCAACUGAAGCAGGUGAAGAAGAAGGAGUUCCUUAUGGAAGAAGAAGAGAAGGAGAGGAAGACAAAAGAAGAAUUCCAGCUGAAGAAGCGGGAGGACAAGGGGAAGGAGGUGGAAGCCACCGAAGAGUGAACAAAAACUUUACUCGAGGAUUUUUGCUCUAUACCCCAUCUCACCUCAAGCUGGGGACAAAUUAUUAUCAUUUAUUAUCAUUAUUAUGUCACGUUAUCCCUCUCAGACCUAUCGAGCAGCAAUUUACGAAUCUUGUGUCAUUUUCUUUCUUUCUCUUUUUUGCUUCCGGAUCCCCAUGUGCCUUCUCCAUGCAAGUGCCCGAGUUCUUUGGUGGAAUACUUGCAAAUAAAAGUGGUCGCUAACACAACCAA